AUGAUAAAUAAUGGUAAUAAUUCAAGAAGACCAUAUAGUAGACAAGGUUGUAGAGAAUGUAAAAGAAGGAAAAUAAAAUGUCCUGAAGAAAAACCUAGUUGUUCGACUUGUGUAAGAUUAAAUAAAACUUGUUCAUAUCCAUUAGCUGGAGAAAAAGUAUUAAGAAUAUCAAGGAAAUUAAUAAGAGAAGAGAUUGAAAAUACUAUAAAACCAAAUCAAAUAGCAACUACUCAUUUCUUACCUGUUCAAUAUGAUAUACCAAAAAGAAUCAAUUUGGAUAAACCUUUGAAUAUUCAAAAUUUAUUAAGUACGGAAACAAAUAUUGAUUUUUCAGAUUUAAAUAAUUUAACAAAUGAUUUAAAUAAUUUAGUUAAUAAUUUAACGGUUAAUAUAGAAUUACCAGAUUAUGAUUUUGAUUUUUUGAAUGAUUUUUCAAUUUUAAGUGAUGAAAUUACGAGAAAUUUACCAAUUGAUUAUAUAAAAUUAAAGAAAAAACAUGAGAUAUUUUACCUUGAGUCAUUUUAUAAUAAUUUUGCUAAUAUUAUAGAACCUUUUGGUGCAUAUCAUCAAGAUAAAACAAUUUCCAACCCUGCAAGAGAUAUAAUUUUGAAAACUGCAUCAACUGAACCGUUUUUAUUAGCUGCUGUAUUAGCAGAAGGUGCAAAAACAUCAUUUAUACAAUAUUCACAACCAGAAGAUGAAAAAGCAUAUGCUUUAUACCUUUCUAAAUGUUUACAAUUGUUAGAACCUGUGAAAGAUUUAAGUAAUUUAAAUUCAAAUGUUGAAGCUGUGCUAUUAACUUUAAUUUUAUUGACUGCUGCUUCUGCUACUUCAACUCAACAAUGGAGACCUCACUUAAAUGGUGCAAAAGAAUUAUUAAUCAAAAUUUAUAAUCAAAAUGUUUCUAAAAUUUUCAUAUUUUGUAAAUAUUGGUUUAUCUCAAUUGAAAUUUUAGCUGGUCUAAGUACAAAUCUAGGUGGAACUUUACAAAAUGAUUAUGAAAUUGAUAAAAUAAUGACUCCAACAGAAUAUGAAAUUAAUAUACUAAAAGAAAUGGGUUUGGUGACGGUGCAAGAUUUUAAUAUCUUGACUGGUUAUAGUAAUCUGUGUUUAUUGAAUUUUAGAGAUCUACUAAAGGUAUCAAAUAAAGAAAGAAAUGGAGUACCUGUUGGUAUUGAAACACUUGAAUUAUUAUCAAAGUUUUAUCAACAAAGUCAAAUUGUAUAUAUCGAUGCAAAGGGAAUAAUACCCGAAAAUGAAUUGAAAAGUUAUACUCCUGGAUUACCUAUAGAAGAAAUUAGAAUUAAUAAUCAAAGUUUCUGGCUCAGUUGGCAAGAUAUAAGUCAUCAAUCAUAUGUCUUGGGCUCAAUAAUACUAAUAUUAACUAAAUUUUAUCAUGUAAAAAGUGAAAAUUCAUCAUUAUCACAACUAAUUAACAGAAUACUUUCAUUUAUCACAUAUAUACAUCAAUUUCAAGAUGUUUCGCAGCAUGCGUCACCAUUCAUGUUAUUAAUGAUUCAAUGGCCAUUAUUAAUUUCAGGAUAUCAUGUUUCUUUAGAUUUUCAAAAAAAUUUAUUAAUUAAAUAUUUUAAAAUGGUGGAACAAAUAGGUGCAGCAACUGCAAAUAUUGCAAUUAAAAUGUUGAAUCAACAUUGGAGAGGAAGUAAAGAUGAUGAUCAUGAUACACUUAUAUAUUAA